AUGGAACCGCGGAAGUCAACCGGAUCUGAGAUCAAGGAGAGUGGAUCUCGGAAGAGGGAGGAAAUGCUGGUAAACGUUCAGUUAAACGGAGACGAUGAUAUCGACGUUGUGCCCGUGUUGAGGGCGGAUGAGUCGUCUUCGUCCGAGGAUGGAGACGAGCUAUCCGAUAAUAUGGAUUCCGACCCAGAGCUGGUGAAAAUGGCGGACGGUCGAUUGAUGCUGGACAUUAAGCGGACCAAAUGUUGCAUUCGGUGUAAGAAACCGUUCAAAACAACGGCGGAUAUGAAAGCUCAUAAAUCGAAGUGUACCGGCGUGGUUGAUGUAGUGCAAGAAACUAUCAAGAAGGAGCGACUGGCAGCCAAGUUUGCGAACCCCAGCGAAGAGUUUCACAAGUACUGCAAUCCGAACCCGGAGCAACCCUGCUACUGCUGCGGCGAAGACGUGACCACUGCACACGUCGGUCAUAUCCGGUGCAGUUUCUGUCCAAAGUCGUUCAAGGCGUAUGAGUAUAUGCACCGUCAUAUCAGCUCGAUACACGCAGAAUCGGAAGAUUAUGCCUGCAGUUUCUGUAAUGCCACAUGCAGUUCGCAAUUGGUGCUGGUAGAACAUAUCAAGACGCACAGCGAGGGCAAACCGUUUUCGUGCAUUACCUGUGGAAAGGAUUUCACGCGCAGGUAUCACCUCGAUCGCCACGCGAAGCAUUCAAAUUGUGGCGAUAUCAAGAAAGACGUCCAACCGUGCAAUGUGUGCGGCAAAGUAUUCACGCGCAUCGAUAAUCUCCGCGAGCACUUGCGCACACACAUGGGACAGAGCGUACGCAGGCGCGACUACCAGUGUCCGCAUUGUCCGAAGACGUUCUACGGUUCGUCGCUGCUGAACAUUCACAUUCGUACGCAUACGGGAGAGAAACCGUUUCCGUGUGAUCUCUGCCCUAACUCGUUCCCCUCGACGGGUGCUCUGCGUAAGCAUCGGCGGAAGCACACUGGAGAAAGGCCGUACCGCUGCGACGAGUGUUCGGCCACGUUUGCCGCCCGAGAAACGCUCAAUCGCCACCGGAAGGUACACACCAACGAUAAGCGGCACGUGUGCCCAGAAUGCGGGAAGCGAUUCAUUCAGGCAACCCAGCUAAAAACGCAUCUGUAUAAUCAUAACGGCCAAAACGGGUUCAAGUGCACAGAGUGCGAUGCUACAUUUGCACGAAAAACGCGACUAAACGAGCACGUGAAGUUUCAGCACAGGAAAGAAGAGCCGUAUGAAUGUAACGAGUGUUCGAAGCAGUUCUUGCGAAAGGAUGAUUUAAUGCGCCACCUCGUUAUUCACACCGGUGACAAACACUUUGAAUGUCCAACUUGCGAUAAACGGUUCGCUGUGAAGGCCUCACUAACGCUGCAUCUCAAAACGCAUAUCGUCGAGAAACCGACCCAGUGCAAGCUCUGCCACGGGAACUUUAAACGUGCCGAUUGCUUGCUGAGACAUAUGAAAUCAAAGCAUCGGGAUUGUGUGGAGGAUAUUAAAAAUGAAAUAAAGCGUCUUAGCGAGAAAGACGUGAAGCCCAAAAUAGUGCCGAGUGCCGCUUCGGUCGAGAUUAACGGAGAAGUGUACCAGAUCACGACGAUGGAAGCCACGCCAAGCCAUGAACCGGAGCAAUUGCUCGAAUUAGUCGAACUUGAUGUGGUGUCUGAAGAUGCGAUCGACGAAACAAGCGCAAAACUACCUUCGAUCAGUCCUGGCCGGAUUUUGUUAACUUUACAGAAGGAAACGGAAAUGAAGGCGGAUACGGUGACCAUAGACGAAGCCAAGCCAACAUUUAUCGAGAUUCAGAAUGAUCCAGUAGAAAUAGUUGUUCCGGAGGAAGUACUGGAGGACGCGGCAUAUAUGGAGGAAGUGGUGGAUUCGACACAUGUUGAGGUUGUGGCGCCACAAAAAGAGAAAACAUUACCAUCGCUGCCACAAACUGUACCUGUACCAGAAGUUAAGUCGGAAGCAGUGUUGGUCACAUCACCGGUGGCGAAAUCUAAAGAUCGGAAACCACGUACUGUAGAAUCGAAGGAUUCUGUGAGGGGUAAAAAAUCUCACGAAGACGUUUCGGAUGAUUCAACACGAAAGAGGUCGCGCAUCUUCAAAGCUCGCACAUCAAUGAAACGGCAGAAACCAGAUGACGAUAGCAUUCCGAUCUUUCUUAGCGAUUCCAUGCUGAUGGACAAGGUUUCCGAACUUCUGCAGAUGUUGAUCGGGGAGGAGAUGUUAAAAGAAUUCGGAUGGCCGAAAGCACCGGUCGACGAUGUGCUAGUAAGGGUGAUUCGACGCUGUGGCCACCAGCCAGCCAAAGGUGAGGAAGCUGGUGAUCAUACGACACGUAUGCGUGAAAACACUAAAAUCCUAUUUUCGGUCACGAUGGACGAUAAUGAUGUUAAGGCACUGCUCAACAAUCACACCGUUGAUGAGGUCAUUAUGCAUGUACUAAGAAGCAAGUAAGAGUUAGUUGUAGCAGGAUUUCUAUACGAUAGGAACUUCCAAAAUAUCAGAGGCCUUCGCCAAAGAGCGACAUCUAUGGGUUGUGGUAAAAAGAUUGCUUUUUAUUUUGAAACCAUAUAUUGUUUCUUCUUAUUCAUCAUUCAUAUUGUAAAUAGGAUUUAAUAAAACCGGAGGAAAUGUAA